UAUUUCUUUUUAUAGCAUAAAGUGGAAUUAAAAUUAUAAUAAAGUGGAUUAUUUCUAACGGGGAAAAAAAAAGUUUGAUUGUUGAGCAUCUCUGCUACUCCAGUGGGAUUUUUGAAGGGGUGUGCAAUUAACUUAACGGUGUUUCAAGAAGGAUCGCUGCAUUGAGACUGUUAUCUGUUCACUGUUGCAUCGAGACUGUUGUCUUUUUAUGUCCACUGCUUGCCAAUCAACUAAUUGGUCAUUUUGGAAGUUCAGACUUGUGAGGAUUUCAUGUGACAUUUGUAAACAGAAGUGUAACAGAAUAAUGCAGUUAGUGAUUUACCAAGUACCUUUUAUGAAAUACUUUAAAUGUUAGAUUAUGGUACACAAAACAGAUAAUUUUAUGGUUACCACUUUAUCACUUUGGCAUUUAUAAAACAACUAUUUGAAAGGUAUUAAUAGACUGAUAUGUAUUAGAUGAUAACCAGUCUCUGCUGUACAAGAUGUUAGCAACAAAUCCCAAAUUCUGAAUUGUUCUCCUAACCUAGGGUGUGCACUAAUUUUUCUUAAUGGUUCAUGACAGAAAUUAAUCGUGUUAAUAUAUUCCUUACAGAGAGUUAUAAAUGGGAUCGAGAAUAAAGUGUAAGCAAUCCUGUUUGCUUUUCUUUGGAUGGAUUUGGAUGGCUGUCUGUUUUUCCCUGCAUAUAAAUGACAGGAAUCGUCGUUUGGUGAUGAACUGUGUUUGCUUUUAUUGUAUUUCUUCCUAUCAAAACAUUUAAUCACAUUGAUGUCAUUUACAAUUCUUGGUAAGUUCUGCUAAAUAAGCAGAAAUGAUUUGAUGUUUUUUUUCCCCUGUGACAAAAGUUUAAAAGGGUUUCACAGAAUUUGCAUGGCUGUUGUUGGCACAGGCAAAGCAAAUGCAGAUCUGUAGGUGAUGAGAAUAUUGUAGGGUCUGCGGGACAGUUUUUAUACAGAACAAAUGUCACCAGGCAACAGAAUUGUUAAGGUGACUUCUUUUUUAUUGUAGGACUCAUUACUGAUUAACUUUUCUGGACUGAACCUCUUCAGUUCUCCAGCUCUCUCCAUGAUACAUUAACCUAUGCUCUUGGCAGCUGUCUUUGAUCCUGAAUGGUGUAGAGAUGUACAGUGUUUAAUGUUUAUAAGCCAAACAUCAGCAGAGAACUUUAAUGCACAACAUUUGUCUCUCUUCAUACAUUCUUUACACACCUGGUGUGGGCUGGAGUAUUUCUUAGAGCCGUUACUGAUCAGGAUACAGCAGUGACACGGACCAACAUGAGGUGUCCUGGCCGACUCGGGUACAUUCCACACCUGCCCGAGCCGAGAGCCCUUAGUUUAAGGACACCUGCUUUUUCCAGACUGUUUUUUCUCCUGCCCCAGAAUUUGGGAUCCUAUAAAAUUAGCUGUUUAAAAAUGGUAAAAAAAAAAAACAACCCAACAAAUUUGGAAUGUAAGUCUGAAAGACAUACCUGUAAAACUAUAUUUGAUCUUCACUCCAUUUCCAGUUAUAUUCUUAUAAAAGGAGACCUUGGGUGCAAACUGGGCAUUGCAGCUGCAUUUAAACUUCCCAUUCACCUCCGGAGUGAGAAGUCCAGGGAAUUCUUGCCUUAGCCAGAUCUGGGAACGUGCCAGCUUGCGCCACAAGACGGGGGACUGAAAUUUCCCUAGCGCUGUGCCCAAGAGCAGGACUGUUACCCGUGUGUCCUAGAUACACACUGACUCGGGCAUCCCUGACGUUUCCCCUUAACUCAACUGGAGAACUGAUGCCUCACUUCAGUACUGGAUGAAUCCCAUAUAUAGAGAGUGUACUGUAAUGAAAAGUGCUUUUUAAGUACAAGCCAAUAAAGUUGCUGUUCCAUGCCUCAGCUUUACAAAAGCACCCCAGUGCCUACUGCCCAAUGCAUGGACCUAAAAACAAGAACUCUUAAAAAUCUACUUCAUCCUCUCCUCAUGGCUGGAUGAUGGUUCUGUAUUAAACUACAGCAAGGAGGGAUUUUCCUCCCUUUUAAACCGUAGUCUGCUUGCGUCUGACACUAAAGCAGUUUUAUUGGUCUAAAUAAUGCUGACAGAAUCAAGACGCAUGUCAUCGUGACAUGCGAGGAAAAGUGAAAUCUUUCACAGGUCUUAACCCAUGGUGCUGAAAAUCCUUAAGUAACUGAAAUACAAAGACACCAGGGAAGCACAAAAUACAGCAGUUUUAAACAGAGCCAAUAUUUCAGCUUGAUGCCUAAAUAUGAACCGAUUAUUGUAAGAGAGCAAAAACAACAUGGUUUUCCUGGAAGCAACACAGAAAAGGCGUGUACCCUCAAGUACACAUUGCGCAUGACCAGUUGUGAUAGCUUAUCUAGCCUUGUUUGAACAAGGAGAGAAAGGGAAGAUCUACCUGUGUAUUUUGUGAUAACAAUUUCCCCCCUUUCAUCACAUCAUUGCAGCAAAGUGUGGAGAGCAGUCCGAGAACCUGUGAGUUAUACAACUCCAAAACGGGAGAAAACCGGACUAAAUAACUUCAUCGGGCUUGUCAUUCAGAGGGGAUCUCACAGUGAAACGGACGGAUUUUCCUCUGAAUAAUCAGAGAGAUGUGCUAACAAAUCUUGGCCGUCUUGCCUGAUGCUGUUUCACGAGCAUUGAAACGACCUCUGGAGAACCGAAACCCGUGUCACUUUGUGCACAGCGAUGACUGCAGCGAUCACGGUCUGCUGAAUCCCGCCGGGAACCAGCGCUGUUAGGAAUGUCAGUUGUGUACGCCGUGUUGCACGCGACUUUGGGGAUCUUGAUUCCGGUUCCGAAUAUAGUUGUGAUUAUUGUGGCGUACAAGCUGAUCAAGGCUAAGCGUGCGAAGGGCUACGUCUUCAUCAUCAACCUGGCCGUGGCGGACCUGCUGGUAGGGCUCAUGUGCGUGGUGGAGACCCUGGACGAUCUGUACGACGGCGACUUCGACAAGAAUCUGACCUUCUGUCUGCUGAGGAUCUGCUUCACCAUCAGUCCCUGCGUGGGCUCUGUGCUGACUCUGCUGCUCAUUUCUCUCGACCGGUGGCUGGCUGUGACCCGUCCGCUCCACUACCACAAAACCGUGACCAACAGGACUGUGUCGGCGGCCCUCGCUGCUCUCUGGGGUCUCUCUUUCUCCGUGGGCAACCUGCCGCUAAUUGCUCCGCAGCUGCAGCAGACUAACUAUACGGGCGUCUGUGGCCUUUUAUACUCGACGAAGAAUCAGUAUCUGUACAUCAUUUGCUUCGUGGUCUUUAUGCCCGUGUUCCUCACUUUGAUCUGCGCCCAGAUAUUACUGGGCCGGACCGCUCACCUGCAGCGCCAGCGGAUCCGGCAGGUCUCCGUCGGCCCGGCGCCCCCGCGGUCUGCGGACCUGAGACACUUCAAGGCGCUGCGCACGGUCCUCGUAGUCAUCGUCUGCUUCUCCGUGUCCUGGGGGCCCUACUACAUGGCCGGGCUGGUGCAGGCCUCCUGCGCCCGGUGCCACCUGAAGGCCCUGCUGAGGGACGAGCUCUUCCUGCUGGGAGAACUCAACUCGCUCCUCAACCCCCUCAUCUACGCCUUCUGCAGCAACGACAUCAAGUCCCGCGUGUGUCAAGCUGGCUGGUGGAAGAAGAUAUCGCGGGCUCGUGCACUGCAGCUCCGCCACAAUAAAAACUGACAAUGGUUUGGGGACCGUUGUAAGACAUCCCUGUGUCUGCUAAAUACAAUUCCCUAACGGUUUUAAGUGUUUUCCAACUAUAUAUAUAUAUGUGUGUGUGCCUAUUACCUUAUAUAUUGUAUAUAUUACUUAUAUACCUUAUUCGUUAGGAAUGCUGUGUCUUGCAACGUUUAAACUAUUAUUUCGAAUAUCGAGGAUAGAGGUUGUCGUAUUGAGGAAUUUCAAGCUUUUUGUUAUAAAGCACAACCUUUGAACUGUGAUUGUUUAAUGGACGUUAAUCGCGUUUUUACACAUGCACAAGUGAUAGCAAUAAGACAUCACAGCAUGUCCACGCAGACAGAAGAAACUGGACUCGUUUUCAUACUACCGAGACAGAAAAAAUCGCACACGUCCAGGCUGCUGUUACAGACACUAGGUGGUGCUACAGGGUUUUCCUUCACCGAUGAAGAUAUUUCUUAUAAAACAAUAGGACAGUCUCCAAAAUACGUAUUGAAGUAUUUUAGGCGUGUUGUUUAACCCCUGUGACAGUAUGGAUUAAAAACAAGAAAUAAUGUUCUCUCUCGAUCUGUAAUCAAUUCAUUAUUUUACAACAAAAACCUUGCCAAAGACCUACACUACGGUAUUUUGGAGGCUAAUAAAGAUGGAAACGUCAUUGUUUUUAUUGUUAAUUCUUAAUACACAUUUACUUAAAAUAUUGUUACUGCAUUAGGUUCACUUAUUAACUGUAUGUAUUGAUUUCCUCAGCUCCGUAGUACCUCAUGUAAGGAAUUUAAAGCGUAACUUAUUUUCCCAGUCAAAACUAAAAAAUAAUUCACUCCUGUUUAAACUGCGGUGCCGUGUGUGGCGACGACGAGAACCCCACAAUAAAAUUACUUCUGCACGGCGUUUUUCUUAAAAAGCUUGCAAACGGAUUGUCUGAAAUACGCCCCAAGAAUCACCGUACCGCAGAGCGCUUCAAGUUUCAAAUAACAUUUCAGCAAGGUAAACGAAAUAAGAUUUCUCCAGUGUCUUGAAUAAAGAGUCGCAGUGAGAACACAGUAAAACAGUUUCCUGCUACUUGAAUGACCUAAACUCGGUCUGACACCUCCAAAGAAGGCUCCACAACCGAAACGUUUUCCUUUCCUAGAAUAAACCUUUACCUGUUCC